AUGCGUGUAUUGUGGAAGAUCGAGAUGUGGUGCAGGAGGCAAGCGGCGGCAGCUAUUCUGCCUCUUUUGCUGGUCGGUUGGCUGACUGGCGAGUCUUCCGAAGCCCUGACCACCUUUGGAAAAAGUAAUACCCAGGCACCGAAGGAAAUCGUACCAACCGCCCCACCAGCCCGGCCGUGUUCCCGACAAGCUGAGUGCGCUGGCAUCACCAGUUCGUCCUGCGUUCGUACCCAUUACGACUCUGUGACCAGGUGUCUCUGUGGAGACAACUCCCCUCCACUGAAUGGACAAUGCGAGGCUCAGUCCAAAGUCCUCUACCACGUUUGCUCUAACAGCGACGAGUGCAACGACGGACUGAUCUGUGGAUCUCCCAACAUCACGAGCAACGCCCCAUCUCAUCUCCGCGUGCUGACUCCCCAGGAUAAAAUCUGUCUCUGCGAUGCUGAGAGUGGAUACAGGGAACGCGAAUAUACCUGUAGUGAUGCUGACAUUCUCAAAACAUCCAUCAUCGCCAUCGUCAUCGUCACUGGCCUAAGGAAAAUAUUGAUAUACUAA